AUGGCCUCGCCACAAAGUCUGAGCUUUUCUGAAAAGGAAGCACACCUCGAACUGGCGAUCACAUGUGUGCAAACCCUUUGCAAUCCGUUGUUCUGGAAACGAUACUAUCCGUGGCCUAUAGCAGAGAAAUCAAGUCCUGAGGAUAAGGGCAAAGUCGAGCUACCAAGCACUGAAGACAAGAGUGCCGACAACGACGUGGCCCAGGCCAACGAGCCAGAAGCGACAUCCACAACACCAACAGACGUCACUGGCGCUUCGACUGACAGUGAGCAGCAUGAGUCCGCCGCAUCGAGCAAUGCCGAAACGCAAGAUGCCACAUCGAGCGCGACAUCCGUGUCAGUGGAAGAGGCACAGGACGACGCGGAUGAUAGUGCCGAUGACGAAGAUCGGAGUCCUGAUAUAUUCAAGAUCAGCACUGCGGUCCCUGACAGCUAG